AUGGAAGGGAGGAUGUUGAGUUGGAGGUAUGAUGAGAUGUUAAACUGUCGAGCCAAAGUCUGGAAAGAUACAUGUGUUAUCUAUCCAGGCAUAGUUCGGGAUGGUAUUCUUGUUGGAGGGCAUGAUUUUUGGGCGAUAGAGAAAGAUCUUCACUUGGAAGUGGAUGGUUAUGCGUGGGAUGAGACUUUAAUAUCUUUUGAUGUUUGUGUAGAAACUUUCAAUAUUAUUUCUGGACCUAAAGAUGCAUCGUGGAGUAGUGACGAUUACUAUUUGAGCAAAAGGGUUGUUCUUUUGGAGUUGAAUGGUGUAUAG